GAACAGCCGCGGCGGCUCCGGCUGCACCUCCUCCGUCUCCUCGGGCAGGGCAGGCAGGGCCAGCUGAGCCGGGGUUGAGCGCACGGAGACGCGGGGAGAGCGAAGAGGAGGAGCGGAGAGGAGCUGGGUUAAGGGAGCGCACCGAGCCGCCGUCACCCCCAGCCCUGGGUCUCUGUGCCAGUCCGGUCCCGGUCGUGGCCCCAGAGGGGGAGGCGGCCAGGCAGGCGAUGUGAGCUGCCCGUGGAGCCAUGAGCUCCGCCUGGACUCCAGACUACGAGGCGCUGUCCCCGGCAGGGGCUCCAGGGCCGGGGGGGUCCGGGGGGUCCGCGGGGCUGGACGCUGAGCAGCGAACGGUCUUCGCCUUUGUUCUCUUUCUGCUGCUGUUCCUGGUGCUGCUCAUGGUGCGCUGCGUCCGCAUCCUCCUGGACCCCUACAGCCGCAUGCCUGCCUCGAGCUGGACCGACCACAAGGAGGCACUAGAGAGGGGCCAGUUCGACUAUGCGUUGGUGUGAAGGCAGAGCGGAGGGGUCCCGCGCCUCCCCUCCCGGCCCCGGCCCCGGCCCCGAAAUCCCACCCUCUCUCUCCUCCCUGCCCUGACAGUCUAGCCCAUCCCCAGGCGGCCCAGAACCGUCUCCCUUCUUGCCCCCCAGCCUGGUCUAGGGCUUCCCAAACUCACGCCCUCUCACUUCACUGCAUCCAUGAACCCACCGGGCCGAAGCUCAGGCUUUCCUUGUCCACAUCCCGCGAUUCCCGCCCGGCCUGGCCUGGGACCCGAGGUCCAGGGGCUGUCCUAUCCCCGUGACCCCAAACCUAGUCUAGGCCUCCCUUUUCCAGCCCAGAUUGCAUCUCCAGCCUGGAACCGGAAUCCCGGGCUUCUCCUAACUGACUCCUGCUUCUAAGCUCCCAUCCGACCCCCAGCCCCCGCCCGAGGCCACCGGAUGAGCGGACCUAAGGUCUGGCAGCUGAUGUUUUUCACUGGAGUGGGCCGUCCUCCCCACCCACUUCCAUCAGGAAAGCACUAGAGUGAGCAAGCUCUGGGAGGCAGGUCCCCUGUUGUGGGCUUUGGGGAGCUUUCAGGCAGGAAUGGUGGCUGCUCAUCCCCUCUUACCCUGCACCUGCGCUGCCCGCUCCCUAAUGCUGGAUAGUCAAAGCUCUGGAUGCUGCAACCUCCUCCCUUUCCUCUGCCCGUCUGACCUCCCGGCCUCCCCUUCCCUUAUGACAGCUGUCUGGCCUUUCUCCCAGAGCACUCAGGACUGACCCCUCCCCAAGACUGCAGAAUCCAGUCACUCAAGCUCCCCCUGCCGCGGGAUCAUCUUCCAGAUUGAGAAAUUCAACCAGCCCACUCCCCUUCCCCCCUCCCAGCCCUCUGGCCCCUCAAUGCACCAAGCAUUUGGUAAGCACCUACUGGUGGCAGGGCGCUCUGCCGCCAGCCCAGCCCCCCUCUCCCUGGCCUCAGAAGCCUCCUUUUCCGAUGGUUGACCUCCUGGUCAAGGGGAUCCUGAGCUGAGGGGCUUCAUCAAGGCACUGUGGGCAGUGCGGGGAGUAUGUUUGUGAAGGAUACAAUUGAACCCAUCUCAACACUUCUUGAAUGUCUACAGAGUGAAGGGCAGCAGGUGGCUCAACAGAGUUAGUGAUGGGUUUCUUUGACAAGGCUCUAGCUAGCUACAGGUCAGCCCCGACCCCUUAUUAGCCACCCUCCCUCCCCGCCUUUCCCCAUCAUGGAGGGAAUUGUGGCCCUCUGUGACCCCACCGCACACUCUCCUCAUGUGACUGUGGUGACCUGUAAGCCUGUCUCCCUAGCCCUAAUCAGGGGCCUUCUGCCCUCCCAGACCCCACAGGCUGACUUGUUCUCCACCUCUGUGCCUUCAUUCCCCCCAUUUCCCCGCCUAGAAGGGCAUCCCCAACUUCUCGGCCACCUGCUCUUUUUCCUUAUGAUAUCCUUACCAUUCCUCCCUUUGCUUUGCUGUCUGUCUCCCCCCGCCCCUCCCAAGCAUGGAAGCUUAUGAAGGACACGGGGGCUUCUUCCCCUUGGAUUACCGUGAGGGUUUUUCAUUCAGGGCCGGUGCCUGGCCAGCUCCCCGUCACCCCUGCUCCGUCCCGCAGGAUUUAUUACCGACUUCCCACAAGUGCUGAGCCUGCACCCACCUGGCUGGGCUCUAGGACCAAAGCAGCAGCUCACCCAGACUUCCCGCCUGAGCUUAAGCUAGCAGAGGCGCCAGGACGGGCCAAACACAGGCCAGGGGAAGGGGAGGAAGGCUGGACAGUGGACAGAGGCAACACCGCAGCGACUGUAGCUCAGGCCCAAAUAAUAAAUAACAAUCACCCUGUCCUGAAUGUGAGUGGUUUUGUGAUGAGGUGGGGAAAAGCUUCAAGGUGAAUGAGAGAGUAGAGUGACGGGUUCAAGUCUCAGCUCUCUAGCCGGGUGUCCUUGGGCAUAAACCUCCCACUCCCUGGGGCUGUUGCCCCGCUAUAAAAUGGGGAGGGAGCAGGGGCUGGGCUGGAUGUCUAGGGCAUUGUCCCAUUUCCGACAUUCGGUGGUUCUGUCCUCCUGAUCCUGGCCAUGCUGAUCAACUACUUCACAUGCUGCUCUCGCCACCACCAGACUCCUCCCCCACCCCACCAUCCCUGUGCCCUUCCAAAACCAGGCCUGGGUCACACAGUCCUGUUCCUCUGCCCCAGCCCCUCCUGCGGAUGCUGUUGCAGAGUCGGAGGGUCUCAGAAGCUAGCAGCCCUGGCCUCUUAGUGCCACUGUCCUCCCCUCUCCUCCUGCCUUCGGCCCCACCACGGCUUGCUCCUGACAGCACCUCUUCCAGUGACAUCUUCUCAAAUUCACCUUAAACCCCCAGUCCCAUCUGCUUCCCCUCCCCCAAUAAACACCUUUGUACCCUCA